AUGACGGAAGCCGAGAGCAGAAAGCAAGUCACGGAGGACUUGAAGAAGCUGAACGUGGCUGCUACACAGGACGGCGGAAAACUCGACAUCACACUGCUGCGGCGGAGCGCGCGUCUUGCGAGCUCGAUAAAACAUGUUCCAGAGGCCCUCCUCGAUUCACAAUUGGCCGUCAAGUUCACGGCUCAUGCUCGAGAAAUAGCCGCAAAAGUAUCCAGUGAUGGAGUUCUCUUCGAGCCUGGGGAGUUCGCAUCAUUACUUCGACGAGUCCUCAACGAUGGGCGACGCUGUCCUGCCGAGGAGACUCCCGAGAACAAAUUCCGUCUGGUGUCGGACAUGCUCCCGCAGAAGUUCGCUGUACCGAAAACCCCGGUGAUCGGGAGCUUCAAAUGCGAAGACCUCGCUGACAUACAUGCGAGACAAAGGCGAACGAGAGGCCCUCAGAGACCAGCUGGAGCUCCCACGGUUGUUCAGGAAUUAGAUGGCACCGAGGGUUUCGAAGAACAGAUGACCAAACAAGUAGAGAGAAUCUAUCUUGCCUUGAGAAAACUCUACGAACAGGGUCAUGAAGUUGUUGACUACUUCGAGUUCGUCACAGAUCCUGAUUCGUACGCGGAAACCGUGGAAAACAUCUUUCACGUCAGCUUUUUGGUUGCUCAGAGCCUUGUCACGCUCGAGCUGGACGAAGACGGAAUGCCCUGCCUGGCUUACAUACCAGGCACCAGGGGCCUGGUUGCAUCAGAUAAAGCCCCGAAAGAGCAUUCUUCAGGCAAAACCGUGAUUGUGUCGAUGAGCAUCGCGAGAUGGAAGCAAAUCGUUCAGGAGUUUCACAUCAAGAAGAGCGUUAUCAAGAGAGUCCUAUCGAAACGUUGAUGCGGUUGAGAUGUUCUUUCCAUCGGGCUUCUCCGUCAGGGGAGGUGUCGGCCGCGAAUAUCAUUCAUAAUUUAUUGUAAAAAUCAUGUUCCUCUCUCGUGGUGGGGGUAUCCGGAAGCCGUUCUCGUUGUGCUUCCCUGUACGGCCUGGGCAGCCUUGUUCAUCCCUAGGCGUCUCUUGGAUGAAUAAACUGGAAUGAAGUUGG